GGGGUUUUCACGCUCAACAGUUUCCCAUGUGUGUCAAGAAUGGUUCAACUUGACACAACUUUGGGAAGCAUUGGAGUAAACAUGAUCCCUGUGGAACACUUGACACCUUGUAGUCCAUGCCCUGACGAAUUGAGGCUGUUCUGAGGGCAAAAGAGGGUGCAACUCAAUAUUAGGAGAUGUUCCUAAUAUUUUGUACACUCAGUAUAUAUCAUGGACUAAUUGGCUGAUUGAAAAUUACUGAGCAGUAUUUGUAACAUAGCUUUUGAAUAGGAUACAGCUUGGAUUUUAACAUGGGAUAUUGUUAUUAAAAAGUUUUGUAAGUUCACUUUUUGUAUUGUGUGUGUCAUUACUAUACAGUUCAUGGGACAAGUGCAUCCACUCUUUUCAUUCCCAGAUUGGCUUCAUUGGAAAUACUACAACCAUGGGCUUCCCUCUAUGCCUAUGUCUUCUCUCUUUGAUUUUCACAACUGCUCGUGGUUCAGGUUUUAGUGACGACUCAACACUUAAUGAAAACUCUUAUAAGGAAAAGUGGAUGGAGUCUAUACCUGAUGACAAACUCCUUUCAGCUGUUACUAUCCCCGGAACUCAUGAGAGCCUAACUCUGUACGGUGGACCACUUAUACAGUGUCAGGCUUGGACCUUGGAGAACCAGCUGAAAGCAGGAUUGCGGUACUUUGAUAUACGUGUAGAGGCCAGUAUGUUCCACAACAUCCUUGAUGUCACGAAUGGGCAUUUAAUGCACACCAAGUUCCAUGAGGUGCUGAACAUUCUAUGGGAGUUCUUGGACAAACAUGGAAGUGAGUCUGUGCUUUUGAGAGUGACACUGCAAGGAAUGAGCAUGAAAAAAGCUGGAAAAUGUAUCAAAACAUUGAUUGAGAAUUCUGAAGAUAGAGUAUGGACAAAGAUAUUUGUCCCCAAAAUGCAAGAAGCAAGGGGGAAGAUCAUCUUCGUGCAGAGUACCAAUUUCAAUGUUGGAACACUUAACCAUGACACUUUUGUCACAGGCGACGACACAUUCAAAGACAUUGAAAACAAGAUGAAGAAGAUCAUAAAACAUCUGAAAGAAGCUGAAGAGAAUUGUGGUCAUGCAUUGGCACUGACCGAUUCCUCCGCCACAGCCAUUUUCAAAGGCCCUAAAACUGUGGCCAAAGUGGUUAAUGGUCAGCUUAAUAAGCUCAUAGUUGAACUACAAAAAGGCUCUAACAAACCAGACUGCUUGGGGGUAAUCAGCAUGGACUUCCCCAGUCCAGACCUCAUCCAUAACAUCAUUGGGGUCAAUGGAAAACCAGGGAGUGGUUCAUCUGAGCACCCAGAAGAGCCUGAACCAGCAGAGCCUGCACCAGCAGAGCCUGAACAUACAGGUUUUAGUGACGAUUCAACACUUAAUGAAAACUCUUAUAAGGAAAUGUGGAUGGAGUCUAUACCUGAUGACAAACUCCUUUCAGCUGUUACUAUCCCCGGAACUCAUGAGAGCCUAACUCUGUACGGUGGACCACUUAUACAGUGUCAGGCUUGGACCUUGGAGAACCAGCUGAAAGCAGGAUUGCGGUACUUCGAUAUACGUGUAGAGGCCAGUAUAUUCCACAACAUCCUUGAUGUCAGGGAUGGGCAUUUAAUGCACACCAAGUUCCAUGAGGUGCUGAACAUUCUAUGGGAGUUCUUGGACAAACAUGGAAGUGAGUCUGUGCUUUUGAGAGUGACACUGCAAGGAAUGAGCAUGAAAAAAGCUGGAAAAUGUAUCAAAACAUUGAUUGAGAAUUCUGAAGAUAGAGUAUGGACAAAGAUAUUUGUCCCCAAAAUGCAAGAAGCAAGGGGGAAGAUCAUCUUCGUGCAGAGUACCAAUUUCAAUGUUGGAACACUUAACCAUGACACCUUUGUUACAGGCGACGACACAUUCAAAGACGUUGAAAACAAGAUGAAGAAAAUCACAAAACAUCUGAAAGAAGCUGAAGAGAAUUGUGGUCAUGCAUUGGCACUGACCGAUUCCUCCGCCACAGCCAUUUUCAAAGGCCCUAAAACUGUGGCCAAAGUGGUUAAUGGUCAGCUCAAUAAGCUCAUAGUUGAACUACAAACAGGCUCUAACAAACCAGACUGCUUGGGAGUAAUCAGCAUGGACUUUCCCAGUCCAAACCUCAUCCAGAACAUCAUUGAGAUAAACAGAAAGCCAGGAAGUGGUUCAUCUGAACAACCAGAACAGCCUGAACCAGUAGAGCUGGAACCUGCAAAGCCUCAGCCAGCCGAAGAGCCUGAACCAGUACAGCCUGAACCGGCACAGCCUGAAACAGCAGCGCCUGAACCAGCAGAGCCCGAACCAGCAGAGCCCGAACCAGCAGAAACUCAGCCAGUAGAAGAGCCUGAACCAGCAGAGCCUGAACCAGUAGAGCCAGAGCCAGCAGAUACUGAACCAGCAGAGCCAGAGCCAGCAGAGGAUGAACCAGCAGAGCCUGAACCAGCAGAGCCUGAACCAGCAGAGCCAGAGCCAGCAGAGGCUGAACCAGCAGAGUCUCAGCCAUUAGCAGAGCCUGAACCAGCAGAGCCUGAACCAGCAGAGCCAGAGCCAGCAGAGGCUGAACCAGCCAAGCCUGAACCAGCAGAAUCUGAGCCAGCAGGACCUGAGCCAGUAGAGCCUGAACCAGUAGAGCCUGAACCAGUAGAGCCUGAACCAGCAGAGCCUGAACCAGUAGAGCCAGAGCCAGCAGAGGCUGAACCAGCAGAGCCUGAACCAGUAGAGCCAGCUGAGCCUAAACCAGCAGAGUCUCAGCCAGCAGAAGAGCCUGAACCAGUAGAGCCUGAACCAGCAGAGCCUGAACCAGUAGAGCCAGAGCCAGCGGAGGCUGAACCAGCAGAGCCCCAGCUUGCAGAACCAGCAGAAGAGCCUGAACCAGCAGAGGCUGAGCCAGCAGAGGCUGAACCAGCAGGACCUGAACCAGUACAGCCUGAACCAGCAGAGCCUGAACCAGCAGAGCCUCAGCCAGCAGAAGAGCCUGAACCAGUAAAGCCUGAACCAGCAGAGCCAGGACCAGUAGAGCACGAGCCAGCAGAGCCUGAACCAGCAGAGCCAGAACCAGCAGAGGCUUAACCAGCAGAGGCUUAACCAGCAGAGCCUGAACCAGCAGAGCCUGAACCAGCAGAGCCUGAACCAGCAGAGCCUGAACCAGCAGAACCUGGGCCUGAACCCCCAGGGGAGCCCGAGGAGCCUAAUGGAAUAACCAAGGAAGAAGAGAUGCUAUGAUAAACAUUGAAGAGAUUAAAAAAACACAAUUAUUGUCCAAUUAACCUCAGUAAAGAAGAAUCACAUCUAAAACCUUACAACAAUAAAUACAAAAUCAAAUCCUCCCUUCAAACAGUAAAACAAUUGUCUACUAGUAUGUGGUAUUUUGUAUAUUAACUGCAUGUUUAAAUAGGAAAGACCAACUAUUCCAUGUUGCAGUUGGAAUAUACAAAUCUGAUAGUUACUUUAAAAUUAACCCAUCUGUGCUGAGAUCUGUCUGAGGGUGUUUCCCAUCAAUACUUUAAUAAAAUAGUAAAGGGCCUUUCAGAAACCUGUAUCUAAACCCACAGUGACACCUACAGGUUACAAUGCAUAUUACUGCUUGUUUUGAUGGUGAUUCAUCUGGACAUGUAAAUUAUUUCAAGUCCCUAAGGCGAUCACUUACACCCUCUUAUAAAUGUAUGCAUGUAACCUUUCAGUUUACAAUGUUUUCUAAAAAAAUUCUUUCAAUAAUAUAUAUGUAGAAGAGCUGCUUCAAAAAAUAUAUCUAAAACAACGUAUAAUGUCAACAUAAAUAGUAAGAUACAAAGGCUGCGUUUACAUAGGUAACCCAAUUCUGAUAUUCCUUCCACCAAUGGAUCCCCAGACCAACUAUACCAGACAUUUUCACAUCAGAUAUUUCUCAGAGCUGAUCAGAUUGGUCAAAAGACCAACCAGUGAAAAAAAGACUAGAAUCAUGGCGCCUGUCCAAACUGAUGUGUUCCAAGAUGGCUUAGAAUUCAAAAAAUGAAAGAGAAAAAAGGAUAGUCACUUAUGGCAGAGCAUUAAUCUAAUAUAACAUAAUAGUAAUAAAAAGUUAUAUAUAUUUUUUUCACCAUGGUUCCAAAUCCUUCCCUCCCACCCAGGCUUCCAUGAAAUACAGAAAUAUCUAAUUUACAUAAGUAUUCACACCACUAAGUCAAUACUUUUUAGAAGCAUCUUGGCAGCGAUUACAGCUGUGAGUCUUUAUGGGUAAGUCUCUAAGAGCUUUCCACACCUGGAUUUUGCAACAUUUGCCAUUAUUCUUUUCAGAAUUCUUCAAGCUUUGUCAAAUUGGUUGUUGAUCAUUGCUAGACAACAAUUUUCCAGUCUUGCCUUAGAUUUUUCAAGUAGAUUUAAGUAAAAAAUGUAACUCGGCCACUGUCUUCUUGGCAAGCAACUCCAGUGUAGAUUUGGCCUUUAGAAGGUGCCUUCAGAAACAACAACCCUGAGCACACAGCCAAGACAACGCAGGAGUGGCUUUGGGACUAGUCUCUGAAUGUUCUUGAGUGGCCCAGC